AUGCCUAGAACAUGGAACUGCAAAGACGCCAACUUAAAGCACUAUGGAGUAGAACCCAGAGGUCCUCUGAACUCAGAGUUUUUCUCUCUCUUGAGGGGGCACCCCGAGCCCCCCCCCGAUACUUCUCUCCAGCCGGUGGCUUCUCCAAGCCACCGCCGCCGCCACACCCCACCUCCGCCCUUGGGACCGGAUCGAAAAGAACCGGGAAGCGUCCCUCUUCCCUUCCCGGCCAAGCCCAGCCGUCGAAACCGCCGGAAUCCGCCGGAUUUUGCAGAAACCCGAUCGGUUUCUGGAGAAAAUUUCAGGAACUCGUUCUCCGUCAUCCGGCCACCAUUUCCAAUGAGUGAGGUAUGGUUUCUCACCUAUUUCUCGAGCUACUAUUCCGGCCAUUUCCGGCCACUUUUUGGGGUAGGUCCAAGAACAAAAGUGGCUCCAAAUGGGGUGUUGUACCUAGGAUAG